AUGCUAUUUUCAAGAAGGGAUUCAGGGUCUGCGCUGGCCGCCAGCCGGCCUCAGCAACCCGCGCAGCCCAAGAUGAACUACAUGCCCGGCACCUCCAGCCUCAUUGAGGACAUUGACAAAAAACACUUGGUCCUGCUUCGAGAUGGACGGACACUUACUGGCUUUUUAAGAAGCACUGAUCAGUUUGCUAACUUAGUGCUGCAUCAGACUGUGGAGCAUAUUCUUGUGGGCAAAAAAUACGGGGAUAUUCCUGGAGGGAUCUUCGUGGUUAGAGGGGAAAAUGGUGGUCCUGCUAGGAGAAAUAUGAUGAUGCACAGCCUUCCGCUGGAGGCAUUUAAGGCACCAAGGAAGCAGCUACUCGCCACAUUUAAGCUGGGAGCUGGGAGCUCCUACAAACACAUGCGCAACAUGAAAGGGCUGAGGCACCGAGCUGUGCUGGCCAUUGGGCAGGAACUGAACCGGGGAACACUGGGAGACACCAGUCCUGCAUGGAUCAGCCACCACUCUCUGCUUGGUUCUCGGGUGGGAGAGACGCUCUAUAGCGACCAGGAGCUGUCCUAUAUCCAGCAGGGAGAGGUGUCGAUGCAGAAGGUGCUGGGCAGCCUCAGCAAUCAGGAGGGCUGGAAGAAGAAGAACCAGCAGGGGGAUCGGGAUGAAGAACUAAGUAAGGUAGUCCCAGAUGUGGGCAAGGUAUUCCGCUUGGAGGUGGUGGUAGACCAGCCCAUGGGCAGACUCUAUGAAGAACUUGUUGAAUGCAUGGCAGCAAUGGGAGAGUGGAACCCAAAUGUCAAGGAGAUCAAGGUCCUACAGAAAAUUGGAAAAGAUACAGUCAUCACUCAUGGGCUGGCUGCAGCAGCAGCGGGAAACCUGGUGGGGCCCCAUGACUUCGUGAGUGUGCGUUGUACCAAGCGCCGAGGUUCCACCUGUGUGUUGGCAGGCAUGGCCACGCAUUUUGGGGAGAUGCCAGAGCAAAAAGGUAUCAUCGGAGCUGAGCAUGGUCCCACUUGCAUGGUGCUUCAUCCACUGGCUGGAAAUCCCUCAAAGACUAAACUCACUUGGCUGCUCGGUAUUGACCUCAAGGGGUGGUUGCCAAAAACCAUCAUCAACCAGGUGUUAUCACAGACCCAGAUGGAUUUUGCCAACUACCUGCGCAAGCCACUGGAGUCCAGCCCUGCCUUGGAAGCUCAGUGUUAG